AGCUAAAGCGUGGCAGAAACUUCCUCUUUUCUCUCUUUAGGAAACACCUGCUGCACACGCCCCAAGGUGAGGACACAGUCAUGGGGUUGCCCAGUGCUCACUAAUCAGCUCAUGCAAAACCUGUAAAAAUGCCCCAAAGAACCACCUUGAACACCAGCGCAGUGUGAGGUGCCUCUCAGCCCGUAGACAUCAUGCAGACAGUACAGUAGGUGUGGAGGCUAGUGUGGCGUGACGGAGCUUCACAGCUUGUAUGCAAAGCAGCUGGAGCCUCAGUGGGACUGACAUGGGUUCAUCUCACAAGGGACUGAAGAACACAACAGUAAAAACCUGAACUCAUGGGGCUGAAGAACUCCCACCCUAAGCUGUUCCCAGGAGACAUUGUGGAGUAUCCCAGGAACAAAUACUUCUCACAUUUUGGGAUCUACUAUGGAGAGAGGGACGGCGUUCCUUAUGUUGCACACCUGACAAGUCGAGAUUCAGACAACAAGCUCCUGUUGUUUGGUCGUGCUCUGAGGUCAGAGGUCAAACUGGAUCCACUGGAUCUGCUGGGGAAAACAUACAAGGUCAACAACAUGUUGGAGGACUCGUACCCGGCCAGAGACUUCUACAGUGUGGUGAAGCCAUCCAUCGAUGACAUGUUGGGCCGGGAGGUGACAUUCGACAUCCUGUUUCACAACAGCGAGCACCAGGCGACGCUGUUCAGAUACGGAGUCAAGAAGUCUGAGCAGAUAAACAAGGUCUAUAAACACAUCAUGCCGGCCUGGAAGAAGCUGUUUGACAAGAAGCAACUGUAAAAUGGGGCCACGCUGUUCUAUGCCAGGAUGUGGUCAGAUGUGCCUUCCUACAGAUCUGUUUCAUACUAGAGCUUAAAUUAUUCAGAUAUUCAUCAUAUUCUUAUAUAUUUAGACCAAACUGAAAGUUCAUCCCUUUAAAAUUGUGUUCCCUAUUUUGUUAUAUGUGAUGCUCCCUGUUAAGUGCUGCCUGAGCUGCAUUAUUAGUUUACACCUGUGCGUUGGCUUAUUUUGCUGUUGUUGCUGCAGAAUGUCUGAUUGGCCACAUUAUCACCUCCAUGUCUUCAUCUGCAUACAUUUAUUACAGGUCCACAGAUAUCAAAGAAAACAAGUUGAAAUAACAGGGUUGAACCAGUUUUAUUAUUCAAACUUUGUGAUUAAUCAGUUAUUUCUUUAAAUGUAUUAUUAUUUUGCCAUAUGAAAUGUGUUCAAGCUCAGAUACUAUUACUUUUCAUGUAACUUGUACUGAUGGGCUUUCUUCAAUAAAUGUCCUCUUGUUCCCAA